AAUGAAAUCCACGAAAAGGAAGCGUCGUGGUAAUUCCAUUCACUAGGAUUCACCCACCGAUUCCUCUCCCCUGCACCCCAUGGAGAAACUAGAAUAAAGAGGGGAGCAGCACUACUUCGAAUUGAGUCCCUCUCUAUCACCGAGUACCCAGAGGCCCCAGUUGGUGGGUCUUGAUGGGUAUUGGUAUCUAGUAGUAUCUGUCGGUAUUCUUGCGCUUGUGCUGAAAAGCUCGUGCGUCCUCUUCACCGCGUCCCCCAUUAAAAAUCAAUAACCCAUCAUUGAUAUCUGAAUGACAAGUGGUCGGGCCGCAGUUGAUCGCCCCCUCGUCACCAGAAGCCACGAAAAAUCAAAAAUCCUUAACCAAGUGGAACUACUUUCUUCCAUAAAAAGGGGGGCGUGCACAAUUGUCGGCCAUGAUAGGUGUCAGUGGCAAGCAGUGACGGCAUUCGUUGCUCUUUGCGUCAGUCGGUUUUCUGAAGCUGAUGACUGAAUUAAAGCACCACUGUAUCAUCGUCAUCCCUAAAAAAGUUGAAAACAAAUCAUUCAAUCUGCGCCAACGGUAGCUAGUGGAUAAUACCCGGAAUUCCCGUAUAUCAGUUGAAUAAUCCAUACUAACAACACCCCAAGGAAAAUAAUCGAGCCAAAGGGAGAUUGAUCAAAAGCACCGUUAAAAUGACGCAGCUACUCCCCAUAAGGUUUCAGGAGCAUCUCCAGCUUACAGCUGUCGGCAUUAACGCCAACAAUGUCAGCUUCAAUACCCUCACAAUGGAGUCAGACAAAUUUAUCUGUGUACGUGAAAAAGUUGGGGACACGUCGCAGGUUGUUAUUAUUGACAUGAACGACUCGGCGAAUCCAAUAAGAAGGCCGAUAUCCGCUGAUUCGGCAAUAAUGAAUCCAGCGAGCAAAGUAAUAGCACUGAAGGCGCAGAAGACACUCCAGAUAUUCAACAUCGAGAUGAAAUCGAAAAUGAAGGCCCACACGAUGACUGAGGAGGUUGUCUUCUGGAAGUGGAUAUCGCCGAAUACAUUGGCACUUGUGACAGAGCAGUCAGUUUAUCACUGGUCCAUGGAGGGUGAUUCAACGCCACAGAAGAUGUUUGAUAGGCAUGCCUCGUUGAAUGGCUGUCAGAUAAUCAAUUAUCGUACAGAUCCAAAGCAAACGUGGCUGCUGUUGAUCGGUAUAUCGGCCCAGCACAAUCGAGUUGUUGGGGCAAUGCAUCUCUACUCGGUGGAACGAAAGUGCUCACAACCCAUUGAGGGACACGCUGCAUCCUUCGCUCAAUUUAAGAUGGAGGGCAAUGCUGAGCCCAGCAAUCUCUUUUGCUUUGCUGUGAGAACAGUUCAGGGGGCCAAACUGCAUAUUAUCGAGGUGGGACAGCCACCAGCUGGCAAUACAGCUUUUCCCAAGAAGGCUGUUGAUGUUUUCUUUCCACCUGAGGCUGGCAGUGAUUUUCCAGUUGCCAUGCAGGUCAGCUCCAAGUACGAUGUCAUCUACCUCAUCACCAAGUACGGAUACAUUCACAUGUACGAUAUUGAGUCUGCCACGUGUAUAUUCAUGAAUCGUAUAUCGGGGGAGACUAUCUUUGUUACUGCACCUCAUGAGGCUUCUGGGGGUAUCAUCGGUGUCAAUCGCAAGGGCCAAGUUUUGUCUGUAUCGGUCGAGGAGGAGAAUAUCAUACCUUAUAUCAAUGGCGUACUUCAGAAUCCAGAGUUGGCACUUAGGAUGGCCGUUAGGAAUAAUUUGUCUGGCGCUGAGGAUCUUUUUGUCAGGAAAUUUAAUAUGCUUUUCCAGAAUGGACAGUAUGCCGAGGCCGCUAAGGUCGCUGCUAAUGCGCCUAAGGGGAUUUUGCGAACACCAGCGACUAUUCAACGAUUCCAGCAGGUACCUGCUACUCAAGGUCAAACAUCUCCCCUUCUCCAGUACUUUGGAAUUUUGUUGGAUCAGGGCCAGCUGAACAAAUACGAGUCCCUGGAGCUGUGUCGUCCAGUGCUUGUCCAAGGUCGUAAACAACUCCUCGAGAAAUGGUUAAAGGAGGAUAAACUCGAGUGCAGCGAGGAGCUGGGAGACCUAGUGAAACAGGCAGAUCCAACCCUCGCCCUGAGUGUCUACCUGCGUGCAAAUGUUCCCAACAAAGUGAUCCAGUGUUUCGCUGAGACUGGACAAUUCCAGAAAAUUGUACUCUACGCCAAGAAGGUGUCUUACACUCCUGACUACAUAUUUCUAUUGAGAAAUGUCAUGAGAAUAAAUCCAGAUCAAGGUGUUGCUUUUGCUCAAAUGCUGGUGCAGGACGACGAGCCCCUGGCUGACAUAAAUCAAAUUGUCGACAUCUUCAUGGAGCAGAAUAUGGUGCAGCAGUGCACAGCUUUUCUCCUUGAUGCACUUAAGAACAAUCGUCCCAGUGAGGGAGCCCUGCAGACUCGUCUCCUCGAGAUGAAUCUCAUGUCUGCACCUCAAGUUGCUGAUGCCAUUCUUGGCAAUCAAAUGUUCACUCAUUAUGAUCGUGCACACGUGGCACAACUAUGUGAAAAAGCAGGACUACUUCAACGUGCACUGGAGCAUUACACCGAUUUGUACGACAUCAAACGUGCAGUUGUACAUACUCAUUUACUCUCUGGUGACUGGCUUGUUGGUUUCUUCGGCACACUCUCUGUCGAGGACUCCCUCGAGUGCCUGAAGGCCAUGCUCACCGCUAACAUUCGACAGAAUCUGCAGAUCUGCGUUCAAAUAGCAACAAAAUACCACGAACAACUCACCACAAAAGCACUUAUCGAUCUUUUCGAGGGCUUCAAAUCGUACGAGGGGCUGUUUUACUUCCUCGGAUCCAUUGUUAACUACAGUCAGGACCAAGAAGUGCACUUCAAGUACAUUCAGGCGGCAUGCAAGAUUGGACAGAUCAAAGAGGUCGAGCGUAUCUGUCGGGAGAGCCACUGUUACAAUGCUGAGAGGGUCAAGAACUUCUUGAAAGAGGCCAAACUGUCCGAUCAACUGCCUCUCAUCAUCGUUUGCGAUCGCUUUGAUUUUGUUCAUGAUCUUGUUCUCUAUUUAUACCGGAAUAAUUUGCAGAAGUACAUCGAGAUUUACGUACAGAAGGUGAAUCCAUCACGUCUGCCAGUAGUGGUGGGAGGUCUCCUGGACGUCGACUGUUCAGAGGACAUAAUAAAAAACCUAAUCCUCGUUGUUCGAGGUCAAUUCUCCACUGACGAGCUGGUCGAAGAAGUGGAGAAACGCAAUCGCCUGAAGCUCCUUCUCCCCUGGCUGGAGUCACGUGUCCACGAGGGCUGCAUCGAGCCAGCGACGCACAAUGCCCUUGCCAAAAUCUACAUCGACAGUAACAACAAUCCCGAGAGAUUUCUCAAGGAGAAUCAAUUCUACGACAGUCGAGUCGUUGGAAAAUACUGUGAAAAACGUGAUCCACAUUUGGCGUGCAUUGCUUACGAGCGUGGCCAGUGUGAUCGUGAAUUGAUAGCUGUUUGCAAUGAGAACAGUUUAUUCAAGAGUGAAGCUAGAUAUCUGGUGAGACGCCGAGAUCCUGAUUUAUGGGCUGAGGUCCUCCUCGAGAGCAAUCCUUACAAACGCCCUCUCAUUGAUCAAGUGGUGCAGACAGCUUUGUCCGAGACCCAAGAUCCAGAGGACAUUUCGGUGACAGUCAAGGCCUUCAUGACAGCCGAUCUGCCCAAUGAGCUCAUCGAGCUCCUUGAAAAAAUAGUCCUCGACAGUUCUGUCUUUAGUGAUCAUCGUAAUCUUCAAAAUCUUCUGAUUCUAACAGCCAUCAAGGCUGAUCGCACUCGAGUUAUGGAGUACAUAAAUCGUUUGGACAACUAUGACGCCCCAGACAUUGCUAACAUUGCCAUCAAUAACGAGCUGUAUGAGGAGGCCUUUGCAAUCUUCAAGAAAUUCGACGUUAAUACUUCGGCCAUUCAGGUGCUAAUUGAGCAGGUGGCGAAUCUCGACAGAGCUUAUGAGUUCGCUGAGAGAUGUAAUGAGCCAGCGGUUUGGUCCCAGUUGGCCAGAGCUCAGUUGCAGAAAGGCCUCGUCAAGGAGGCCAUCGACAGCUUCAUCAAGGCUGACGAUCCCUCAGCGUACAUGGACGUUGUCGAGACAGCACAUCGUACCUCCCACUGGGAGGAUCUCGUACGCUACCUUCAAAUGGCAAGAAAGAAGGCACGUGAGUCCUUCAUCGAGAGUGAACUCAUCUAUGCUUAUGCACGCACCAACAGGCUCGCUGAUCUCGAAGAAUUCAUCUCUGGACCAAAUCAUGCGGACAUCCAGAAAAUUGGGGACAGGUGUUUCGAUGACAAGAUGUACGAUGCUGCCAAACUUCUUUAUAACAAUGUCUCAAAUUUUGCAAGGCUUGCGAUAACUCUGGUGCACCUCAAGGAGUUCCAGGGAGCUGUUGACUCGGCCAGAAAGGCCAACUCCACCAGAACCUGGAAGGAGGUGUGCUUCGCUUGUGUGGACAGUGGAGAAUUUCGUCUUGCCCAAAUGUGUGGCCUUCACAUCGUUGUGCAUGCUGAUGAGCUCGAGGACCUGAUCAAUUAUUACCAGGAUCGUGGACACUUCGAGGAGCUGAUUAAUUUGCUGGAGGCUGCUCUGGGUCUGGAGCGCGCCCACAUGGGAAUGUUCACAGAGCUGGCUAUUUUGUACAGCAAGUACAAGCCCCAGAGAAUGCGUGAGCAUCUCGAGCUCUUCUGGUCACGUGUCAAUAUACCCAAAGUGUUGAGAGCUGCUGAGUCGGCUCAUCUGUGGGCUGAACUUGUGUUCCUUUACGAUAAGUACGAGGAAUAUGAUAACGCGGUUUUGGCAAUGAUGCAGCAUCCCACUGAGGCGUGGAGGGAGGGACACUUCAAGGAUGUUAUCACUAAAGUCGCUAAUGUCGAGCUGUACUACAAAGCCAUUCAGUUUUAUCUGGAAUAUAAGCCUCUGCUGCUGAAUGAUAUUUUGCUGGUUCUGUCACCCAGAAUGGACCACACGAGGUCAGUGGCUUAUUUCACGAGAACUGGGCAUCUACAACUUGUCAAGCCCUAUCUCAGAUCUGUACAGGCGUUGAAUAAUAAGGCUAUUAAUGAGGCAUUGAAUGGAUUACUCAUUGAUGAAGAGGAUUACCAGGGACUAAGAACGUCAAUCGAUGCUUUUGACAACUUUGAUAAUAUUGCUCUUGCUCAACAACUCGAGAAACACGAGCUCAUUGAGUUCAGGAGAAUCGCAGCUUAUUUGUACAAAGGGAACAACAGGUGGAAGCAGAGUGUUGAGCUUUGUAAGAAGGAUCGAUUGUUCCGCGAUGCUAUGGAGUAUGCUGCGGAGUCGAGAAAUGCCGAGGUCGCUGAGGAAUUACUUGGGUGGUUCUUAGAGAGGGACUCUAAGGAUUGCUUUGCUGCUUGUUUGUUUUACUGUUACGAUUUACUACAUCCAGAUGUUAUACUGGAGCUCGCAUGGAGACAUCGCAUUCUACACUUUGCUAUGCCCUAUCUCAUUCAAGUUAUGAGGGAAUACAUCACGAAGGUUGACAAGUUGGAAGAGGCCGAGAGCAGACGUGUAGAGGAAACCGAUCACCAGGAGCACAAGCCAAUGAUAAUGCCUGAGCCUCAGCUAAUGUUAACCGCUGGACCGGGUAUGAUGGCACCUGGUUAUGCACCACAAGCAGUAUACGGUAAUCCAGCAGCGCCCGGUGUCUAUGCGCCACCAGCAGCCGCUUAUCAGGGCUAUGGUAUGUGAGACGGCGCACUCGAAGAUACAUUUCAUAGCGCUGAUCACCAAUAUCCUCUUUUCUCAAGGUUUCAAUAGAACAUUCGAUUACGCCGUUUAGUUGACUAUUUUUUUUCGUAGUAAUCUAAUCGACCUGAACUGCAGUAACUGAUUAAAAUAAUAAUAAUAAAAAAGGAGACCUUCAUGGAGAGCCGGAUUAUCCAAAUAUCCAGAGAUUCUAUUGUGAACUGUUAUUGGAUUAUUUUUAUGAGAAACUUGACACAAAAUUAUGGAAAUAGCUGUCGCCCAUCGACUCGCUCUGCCUCCCACUCACCUCCCACCUCCCAUUGAUUCUCAUGUCGGUUGCCUCUGGGAGAAUUAAUUGUUUGUUUGUAAUUAUAAUUUUGUCAAUACCAAUAAUCACAGCAGUGAAAAGUCAUUAACAGAAAUCAAUUGAACUGAGGAAUGUGUGUCGUGCUUGCGCAUUAGUCGAGUUGUUUCAUUCCGACGAGACGUUUUUAGAGCGUGCGACUUUUAUUUUCCCCGGCUACUGUACGAAUCUUUGUUUGUUGAUAUGUGUAUAUUUAUCGAUGAGUCGAAAAAUCGAGUGAAGAAGAAUAAAAACACGAGAAUGAUAACUAAACAGAAAAUUGGAUAUAACUGGGAAUUAUGUUGUGGCAUUGCCUGUGUUAGAAUUAUUGUGUUUUCCGAAUCUGCUAGCGAGUGAAUUUUUUUGUUUUGCAAUGAGUGGCGAAAGGUGAGGUAAAAUGGACACUGAUUAUUUUUUGUAACCAUCGAUAGCUCGGUAAUAACUUGAUCAAUUGAGCUCGGAGAUUUUUAUGUUUAGAAAAAAAUGUAGUGUCUACUUUUCCUCUCGCAACCAUGAUUUCCUUGGACUCAAAAUUAGUGGUGAAAUAUUGCACGAUUUAUUGUGGUUAAUUGAGGACACGAUUAUGAAUUAUAGUAUUGUUAUCGGCUCAUUAGUGUUACAAAUGACGCUGAGAUAAAAAAUUGGCCUGCGUCCGGCAAAAUGAUGUUUUAUACUCCUUGUGAACUUCUGACCCAAAGCCCCAGCGAGUCUAUUAAUUUUUCCCAUUGUGUAAUCUACUUAUAAAUAAAGUAAUUAUUUAGUUGUGGUUUAUGGAAA